AAGACACUUUGUUACUUCUUGUCCUUUCCCUUGCCCUUGCUUGGUUUUAUCUGAUACUUGUUUCAUACUACACAUUUACUCGCUAGUGUCUGCCGUGUUUUUUUGUUUUUUUUUUCGCAUCCGUCGUUAACCGUUAAACUUUUCCCCACAAAAAACCAGCAUGAUCACUAUACUGGAAUUACCCCUUGACAUAUUAAGUUUGGUUGUAAACCAAAUCCAUCAUUCACUGUCCACAGAAGAAUACCAGCAUGCAUUAACCUCAUUAUCACAAACUUGUCACUACUUCAACAGAAUUGUCAACCCGGUGUUGUACAAGAAUAUCGUUAUUUAUGACAAUGAAAAUGCCGCCAUUACCAAUUCUGGCUCCACUACUACCACAACUUUCAUUCACAUUUCGCAUUUACCAAAAUUUAUAAAUUCCCUCAGCAUAUCCAACUUCAAACUCAUCUCGUCCAUUCAUAUUCAUUGUCAUUCUAACUUUGCAACUUUUGACUACUAUCAGUUGUACAACAAGUUGAACUACUUCUGGAGCAAAACUAACCACGCUAUAGAAUUUAUAAAUUUCGAUGUGGACAAUAUACGUCGAUUCCAAUGCUUGAACCAUUUCAUUUCCCAUAACAACGGAGCUAAUAUAGUGGAGGAGAAUGACGAAUGGUGGCAUGGCGACUCAUACCCCAAGAGUCAUCACAAGUUGAACAAUCUCAAGAACUGGUCGAUUUUGUCGAUUCAAGAAUUGUACAAUAUCCCAGUGAACCCCAAUUUGACCAACUUGGAUUUCUUUAUUGAAGGUGUUAAGGAAAGUUGCGUAGCUAAUCCAACUAAUUUGAUGCACAACUUGCGUUUUAUCAAGACCUUGCACCUUAAUACUACUCCUUCCACCAAGAUUUUCACUGGUUUGCUGAAUGUGCAUUGUGAUAACUUGGAAAACUUGUCCGUUUGCUAUAGUCACACUUUUAACCAACCUAAGUUGACCUUGAGUUUACUCACUGACAAAGUAAAUUUCAACAAUUUACACCAGUUGGAGUUGAAACUCAAUUGCUUCCACCCUGACUGUGACUGUAUUAACCAGUUUUAUCACGAUUUGGCCCUCUUACCUGACGAAUUCACUAAUUUAACAAAAUUGUCCAUCAUCAACUACAAAUCCAAGAAUUCCGCUAACAACUUGUGUCAAUACAAUUACCUCGUUUCCAAGCAAUUAUCCCCAUUGUUCAAGAAAUUCUCAAAGAUCAAGUCAUUAUACUUUAAUAUUAACGAAUUUCUCAAAAUCGACCAGUUAAAGAUUGACUGGAACAAGUUCAUCUCGGCCAUUUCCACAUUGACCAGUCUUGACUCGUUGACUAUUGUCGACUUUUUCAACUGGUGGAUGCCCUCAAUUGCGUUACCUAACAGAUCAGUGUUAUCUCCUGAAAUCCUUCUUAACUCUUGUGGAUGUUCCCAAUGUAACCAAGCCAGGUACAAGUUCACCAAGAUGGCUGAAUACGACGCUGAAAACAACUAUACUCAUAAAUUCUCCAGUUUCAACCACGAAGAAGUCCGCGUGGAUAAGUACAAGGUGAUUUUGAACAAGUCAAACUCCAAGUUUCUUACGUUUAUCUACCAACAGUUUAAAUCUCAAUUCAACCAACCAUUAAUAUAUUCAUUACAUGCUAACAACUUUAGAGAAAACAAGGAACUAUGGAAAGAGUUUCAGCUUUUGUUUAAACACAACUGUUUGAACAGAUUAAGUGGUGAAAUCAAACACGGUGAAGAUUAUUUGAAAGUUAAUUUGGGUGGAAUUAUUGCAUAGCUUAAUAAUUUAAUGUGGAAAUCUUUUUGCAUAGCUUAAUAUAUAAUCAUAUGUG